AUGGGUGAAGAGAACUGCCUUCCUACUGUCGAGGAGUCGACUGAACCUCCUAUAUGUGCCCAACGAAACGGCAAUUAUAAUGGACCACCGACCACAGCAGGUCAACAUCAAUAUCAUCAACCAAAUCCGCCUAUAGAUCCACCCAAUCAAGGCACUCCUGCAUCGCUGCCAACUGCGCAUACUCUUACGCCAGAACAGGUCGCCCGGGCACUGAACGUCGACAUACACAAUGGACUCAGUGCUACAGAAGCAGAAUCUCGCCUUCGGCUCCAUGGACCUAACAAGGUUAAAGGAGCUGAAGGGCUAUCCUUGUGGGAGAUUCUCUUGAGGCAGGUCUCAAACAGUCUUACUCUCGUUCUCGUAAUUACCAUGGGUCUAAGUUUCGGAAUCAACGACUACAUUGAGGGCGGCGUCAUUACUGCCGUCAUUGUCCUCAACAUAUGCGUCGGGUUCUGGCAAGACUACAAGGCAGAGAAAACCAUACAGUCACUUAAGAGUUUGACUGCACCUGAAUCAUUUGUCCUUCGUGAUGGCACACUCGAGAAGAUCAGGGCUGUGGACCUUGUACCCGGCGACGUUGUCCACCUCAAGGUCGGCAGCAUUGUACCGGCGGAUCUUCGACUGAUCGAUGCCAUGAACGCCUCCACAGACGAGGCUUUCCUCACUGGAGAGUCACUGCCUGUCGACAAGACACCAGCAGUGACUUUUGACGAUGAGAAUAUACCCACUGGCGACCGUACCAACCUUGCUUUCUCUGGUAGCGAGAUGAAGUCCGGGCGAUGCACCGGCAUUGUCGUGGCUACUGCUAUGGAGACUGAGGUUGGAAAAAUCGCUCACAUGCUUCGACAGAAGGAUGAUACACUUAAAGAUAAGAGCUUCCUCGUGAAGGCUCGAAUCAAGUUCAUCAAUGGCGUCAAGACCAUUCUUGGACUCGUCGGUACCCCCCUCCAGAUUACGCUAAGCAAGUUCGCUCUUCUGCUUUUUGGUUUAGCCAUCCUUCUUGCCAUCAUCGUAUUUUCUGCGAACAAAUGGCAGGUUGGUGGGGAGGUACUCAUAUACGGUAUUUGUGUGGCUGUGGCCGUCAUUCCUGAAUCUCUCAUUGCGGUCCUUACCAUUACGAUCGCCGUGGGAGCAAAGGCAAUGGCAAGGUCGAAUGUCAUUAUUCGCGUGUCUUCGGCUAUUGAAGCUGUAGGAGGCGUUACAAACAUCUGCUCCGACAAAACAGGAACUCUAACACAAGGUCGCAUGAUCACGCGCAAAGCCAUGAUCAAUGGUGUCGGUACCUUCUCAGUCCACGAUACCACGGAUCCCUAUGAUCCGAGCAGCGGCCAUGUUGCACUUGACGGGCAACGCAUUGAUAUUGAAGAGUAUUCGCCUAAUGCAAUCCUCACAAGAUUUCUACGAACCAUCGCUCUCUGCAAUCUGUCAACGGUAGAACCCACAUUCGAAGCUCCACUGAGCAGUAAUGAGGAUAGCAGCAAGAAAGAAGCGAUGGAGAGAAUGAACACUGACGAUGAGCGCGACACGGAUGCAUCGACGCAGCAGUCCGCCAUCUUUACACGCCCCGGAACAGCCUCUAGCCAGAACAGGCCAGGCCCAUGGAAAGCUACUGGAGAGCCAACUGAGAUCGCACUUCAUGUCCUUGCGAUGCGCUUCAACAUGGGACGAGAAAAGCUCCUCCAAAAUUUGAACAUUUCGCACGCCGCCGAGUUUCCAUUCGACUCUACUGUGAAAAAGAUGACGGUCGUCUUCAAGGAUAAUGAUGCCGGACAUCUAGAUGUAUACACCAAAGGAGCCACCGAAUUCGUACUUCCCGUUUUAAAUCUCUCACAAAGCGAAAAAGCGAGUAUUCUUGAAGCUGCUGAGACUAUGGCUGCAGACGGCCUUCGAGUUCUCUGCAUCGCUCACAAGACUCUCCCACUGGGAUCAAACCUUGAGGAACGCAAAGAUGUCGAGAACGAACUAAAUUACAUUGGUCUCGUUGCUAUCUAUGAUCCGCCUCGUCUGGAGACCAAAGGAGCUGUGCGCGAGUGUCAAAUUGCCGGUAUCACCGUGCACAUGCUCACUGGUGAUCAUCCUGGAACAGCAAGGGCAAUCGCGCACGAGGUCGGUAUUUUGAAUGAAGUCACUGCUCCUCGUGGAAGCACAACGGCUGUCAUGCUUGCCAAAGAUUUUGAUCAACUUAGUGAUGAAGAAAUCGACCGAAUGGAGACAUUGCCUCUAGUCGUUGCCCGAUGCAGUCCAGCCACAAAGGUCAAAAUGGUGUCAGCCCUGCAUCGCAGGAAGCGCUUCUGCGUAAUGACUGGCGAUGGCGUAAAUGAUUCCCCCGCCUUGAAAAUUGCUGAUGUUGGCAUGGCGAUGGGAACUGGUAGCGACGUCGCAAAGGACGCCGCUAAAAUGGUCUUAACCGACGACAACUUCGCCUCCAUCGUGAAAGCGGUCGAAGAAGGACGCAGAUUGUUUGACAAUAUUCAAAAGUUUUUGAUGCAUCUGCUCAUCUCGAAUAUUGCCCAAGUUAUCCUACUCCUCAUCGGUCUUGCCUUCAAAGACAACGACAAUCACUCUGUAUUCCCUCUAUCUCCCAUUGAAAUCCUUUGGGUCAAUCUCAUCACCUCCUCCUUCCUCGCCAUUGGACUUGGUCUUGAAGAGUCUCAAACAGACAGCAUGUUCAGACCUCCUCAUGAUUUGAAGGUUGGGGUGUUCACGAAAGAGCUCAUCGUUGAUAAGUUCAUCUAUGGGUUCUUUAUGGGGUCUUUGUGCCUCGCAUCAUUCGCUAUCGUUGCGUACGUUGGACCUGGCGGAGGAGAUCUCGGCUCUGGUUGCAACGAGGACUGGAAUGAUACAUGCGGUGUCGUCUUCCGCGCUCGUGCUACGACUUACACGACGAUCACGCUCUUACUCCUUGUCACAGCUUGGGAAGUGAAGCAUUUCUCACGGUCACUUUUCAACCUGUAUCCGGACUCAUCUACUCCUCGUGGACUUUCUGUCUUCCCCACCGUCUGGCGCAAUCGGUUCCUCUUCUGGGCUGUCACCGCUGGCUUCUCGAUCUUGUUCGCCAUCAUCUACUUGCCUGUCAUCAACCGACAGGUUUUCAAGCAUGGCGCCAUUGGUUGGGAAUGGGGUAUCAGCUUCGCAUGUGUUUGCAUAUACAUUGCGGCCAUCGAGAGCUGGAAGGCCGUCAAGAGAAGGUUCGGGAUCUGGAGCGGAGCGCAUCGCGCACUAAGUCGCGAGGACGCCGAGAUGAGGGCUGGCCUGUCUGUGUCCCAAAUCAGGGAGACCAAGCACAACUAG